UUACUCUCGUGAUUUCCAUUCAGGUCAUUCAAUGACAGAUGCUUCGGCUCAGGCUGUUCAUAAAACUACUAGAUUCUUCCCCCUCCCUAUCCUUCUCCCCAUCCCCGGCUCAGUUCAACUCUUGGACAGCUAUGACACGGAGCUUGUGUUUGCAUUCUAUUCUGGCACAAGAUUUAUAUGCUCAGAAAUCCCUUUUGCUCUACUCCCUGGGUGCUGAUUUGAUCUUCAGCCCAGACUUCCUAACAUAGUGAGAGAAGAUCACCAAAAGUGGUCUGUUGUCCCACGGUCAGUGAGAUCUAAACUUAUCUAAGUUUGAAAUACAAACAAGGCUCAGACAGAAAAAGCAACGGCAAACGUUCUCAUCACUUCCCCCCCUCAUCUGUUUCUGCUCAACGGCAUGCACUGUCAGCCGCAGACGAGCUCUUUGAUUAGCCUGCAGGGAAAGAAGGAGCGAGAGAGACGUCUGAGCCGACGCAAAAUUCCAUGUCUAAAGACUGUCAUCUAGCUCCCACAUCCGUCACAUGAUGGCCAGCCAAGCAGUAGCUCCCUGCAACUGUGGACUUUCCAUCCUUCUGCAUGAAAUGGAAGCAAGAAAAGUAAGCAUCCCAAGGCUGAUACUAAGUUCAGCUGUUUUCUCAUUGAAUGAAUGCGUUUAAUUCACUGCAAAUGUACUAAGCUAGCCCGCUAGGCUCAGAGGGCCUGAUUUUCUCGGUUGGGCUUUUCUUGAAUAGAUGGAGGCUCUGAUGGGCAUUCUUACAAAGGGACCUACAAGUUGAUUUGUGCAACUGUUCUAAAUGGUCAGUGCAUAUUAAUUUUAAUAAAUUAGCUUAAAGCAUCGUAUUAUGCACCAUGAGUUACUUCCUGGCCUAUUGCAAAGCACACUGCAGUACUGUGCUCUCCCAGUACCAAACGCUUAGAGCCGAAGGCUUGAUGUGUGAUAUUUUACUGAAGGUGAAGGAAAAUGAGUUUCCUGCACACAAGUCCCUGCUGGCCUGCUCCAGUGAUUAUUUCAGAGCUAUGUUCAAAAGCUACACAAAAGAAUCCAAAGCCAGUGUCAUUCACCUACAAGUCAUCUCACCCACCGGUCUCCAGCAUGUCCUGGAUUUCAUUUAUACCUCCUGGUUGCCCCUUUCUUUUGAGAAUCUGGAGGACACCCUGGAAGCUGCCAGUUACUUGCAAGUGACUGAGGCUAUUGGCCUGUGCAAUCAGUACUUGGUUAACAACCUGACCCUGGAAAAUUGCUGUUUUUCUGCCAACAUUGCCACCAAGUUCUAUCUUCCAGAUGCCUUGUCGGCGACAGAAAAAUACAUCAUCAGUAAUCUCUGGAAACUUUUGGAUUUGCAUUUCAUGGAGCUGCUCUUACUGAACUUCAGAUCGUUGAUGGCAGUGGUAGAAUCCCCUGACGUCCCUAUGGUGAACGAAUCCUGCCUCCUGAAUCUAGUGCUCAUCUGGCUGAAGCAUGAUAAAUCCAGGUUGAUUCACAGAAGCAACCUAUUAGAACAUAUAAGAUUUGGUCUCAUCCCAGUGGAAGAUCUGAGAAAAGUCUACACUCAGUCAGAAGUGUCUCUCACGACACCGAUUAAAUGCUUGAUCAUAAAAGCAAUAAACUAUCAUUCGCUAGUUUUUAAGCAGCCCAUCCUGCAGGAUAAGUAUAGCACCCUGAGAAACCAGCAAACGCGCAUCAUCCUGCUAGGAGGAGGGACUUCCAAUGAGGGACUGGUCAACGAUGUGAUGGCCUUUGAUGUUUACAAUCACAAAUGGAGAACUCUAACGCAGGUGCAGGACAGAGUACAGAAUCACUGCAUGUGUGUGAUUGGAAACUACCUGUAUGUGCUUGGUGGGGAAACAGCAGAUUUGCAAAGUGACAUGAAAAGCACCAGCUUGUCAGUUACAAACAAGGUCCAUCGUUAUGACCCAAGAUUUAACAAGUGGACCCAAAUUACAGAAAUGCUUGAAAAGAGAUGCCAAUUUUCUUGUUGCAUCCUAGACAACAAGAUCUUUGCAAUUGGUGGGAGAGGCGAGACCGGAGCACUGCAUUCAUCUGUUGAAGUCUACAACAUUAGCAGAGACAGAUGGACAAAGGCUACAGAAUUGCCAUGCAAGAUGCAUGGCCAUGCCAGUACAGUUUGCAAGAACAUGAUCUACAUCUCAGGUGGCAAAUACACAGAUCAAACCAACACAAGUAAGGAUGUGUUCUCUUUGAGCAGCUUGGAAGGACAGUGGAGAAAGCAAGCCUCCAUGAGCAUUGCUCGAUUUGGACAUCAGAUGGCAACGAUCAGAGAGGCCAUCUUCACAUUUUUAGGACUGUAUGAACCAUUCUCUGAAAUAGAAAGGUAUGACCCUGCCCCAAACCAGUGGACUCGCUUAAGGCCAUUGGUCUAUGACCGAUUUUGCUAUGGUCUGGCUGUGGUAGAGGAAACAGCACUUCUCAUUGGGGGAAAGAAAUGGCAAGACUCCCAGGAGGUGCCAACCCAAGAUGUGGUGGGUUAUGAUAUAGACAAUGACUGCUGGGAAGAGAUUUGCAAACUUCCCUUACCUUGGUAUGGAUUGCAGUGUGCAGUGCUACAACUCUCAGAAUUGGCAGAAACUAAGGACACCCAAUAAUAGUGGAGCCAAACUUCUGAGUCAAUGCUUCCAACAGCUGAAGAACAGGACAGCAGGGCAGCCCCAGAGGAAAAAAGACAAUUGCAACUGCACUAAAUGUAACAGAGUUGAGGUUUUGCUUUAGUAAACACCCCACACAGUGCUUAUGGACAGGAAAUCAGGCACUAGCAUGGGAAAAAAUGUGUUGUGACUUGUGUAGCUGAAGGCAGGUUUUACCAUGGGCAAAUAUGGCAAGUAGCACAUCCUGAAAGGACGAUGUAGAGGAAUUCCAAUGCUGUAUUUCCUUGGAAGCAUUUAAUAGCUGUCUAAAGUCAGAUUUUGCAAGGGUUAAAAAUGUAAUCUCUAUUUUUUUUAAUUAAAGGUCAUUUCCCCAGA